CAUCCAUAAUUCUCAUCUCGGCGCGGCGUCCGGCGCGACCCCCGGCUGACCAGUGUCCUCUGUGCGUGCGGCGGCGUGUGCGUGUGCAGAGAGUGCGAACGGGCCCGUGCUGGCCGUGUGGUGUGUGUGGUGCGCCGAGUGUCUGUGUGGUACACCCGCGCUCCGCUUGCGGGAUAAACAUCUGCCUGCGUAAUCUCGGCGCGGCUCGCGAUUGCGAUCGGACGCAGCGUCCCGCUGAAGAGGCCGAGGCACGCGCACACACAGGCGCGCACGCCACCAGCAGCCGAGCGUCGCGCGCGGAGGUGGCACAUGGUUUCCGGGUUGCUCGAAUCAUUUUUGUUUACGUAAUUUGCGCCGCCGCCUACGAUUGUCAUUUCGGUCGUGUGCUCCCCCUGCGGCCGCCACUCGUUGUCCGCUGAAGAAGUGCGUGCGUGCGUGCGUACAGCUGAACGCGCGCCUCCUCGCGACAUUUCUAUAUUUGUCCUCAUUCUGGCCACACCAUCGCAUCGCUCAGACACCGCUCGAUUCUAACCUAUUGUCGAGAGGGCCGCACGCAAUAAAUGCGCGAGCGUGUCGUUGUGGCAUUCCCGGGUUUGCCGACCGCUCAAUGACCACCCAGUUCGAAACAAUUCCCAAGCUGCAGCCAGGCUACGUGUACAUGAAUGGGGAUGUCGGGAAACUGCCUUCGGGGGCGGUGUUCAGCACCACCCCUGAUAGCACGGGAAUCGUGGCGGCGACAUCCGAGUACCUGGUCAACGGGGUAGCGGAGGGAGCUGAGGGCCAGAGUCCGGUCCCUCCCUCAGCUCCCGCCGACAGCGGGCCAGCCUAUCCCUUGCCACAACUCAAACAGAUGCUCUCCCAACAAUUGGAAUACUAUUUCUCGCGGGAAAACUUGGCAAAUGAUACGUACUUACUGUCGCAAAUGGACAAUGAUCAGUAUGUACCGAUUUGGACAGUGGCCAAUUUUAAUCAGGUGAAGAAGCUAACCAAAGACUUAAAACUUAUAACCGAAGUGCUACGUGAAUCGCCCAACGUGCAAGUCGACGAGGAGGGCGUCAAAGUGCGCCCGAACCACAAACGAUGUAUAGUUAUAUUACGCGAGAUACCAGAUAAUACUCCCAUUGAAGAUGUGAAGAAUCUAUUCGCCGGGGAAAAAUGUCCACGCUUUAUUUCAUGCGAAUUUGCGCACAACAGCUCGUGGUAUGUGACGUUCGAGUCGGACGACGACGCGCAGCGCGCCUACCGAUACCUGCGCGAGGAGGUGCGCGAGUUCCAGGGCCGGCCGAUAAUGGCGCGAAUAAAGGCGAAACCGAUGAAUCGAUUGCCCAUGCCGCCGGUGACGAACGUCAAGAAUGGUUUUCGUGCCACGCCGCCACCGGCGGCCGUUUUUGAUCCGGCCAGCUUCCCACCAGGCCAACAGCGGUUUGUUUAUGCCAAUGGUACACCCAGCCAGACGGUACCCUUUGGCAACCAUGUUCAUGUAUAUCCGCCGUAUCAACAGCAAGGAUAUUACACUACGUCGGUGAUGCCGGCGUGGCCGGCGAGCGGCUCGCCGUUCUACGACAUAAGCAGCGUGUUCCAGGUGAACGGGCUCGCUCCGCAGACCUAUAAGCCCCUGGGGUUUAGGAACAGCGCGCGCCCGCGCAAACAAUCGCGCGGCGGGGUCGCGCAGACUGAGGCGAGCGCUGUCGCGGCGCUCCCGCCCGCCGCCCCGGCCGGCAAUCAGCGGCAGAACCAUCAGGCUUCGCCGACACCGUCGCCGCAAGGCACGCCGAAGACUAAUACCACUGGUGCCAAACCUCCGCCUCUGAUGGGCGACGCGCCUCGCGUCGUUCCGCUCGAGGAAGUCGUUAAUACGAAUAUUAAUACAGGUAUACCGUUGUUGGGAACAGAAGCAGCAUUUGUCGACACGUACAGGCCGAAUGUGGUCAGCCAGAUGCACGCGUCUCCGAAGGACCCGCGUCCGAAUCGUCGCAAGCGCCGCGACGAGGAGAUCCUGUCGGCGGUGGGCGCCAGUUCGGCGCGCGAUGUGGCGAACCAGCGCAGUCAGUUGUUCGACCUGGAGGCGACCGCGUUCCCGCCGCUGCCCGGUUUUGAAGCCAAUGUUGCCGGUAAGCAGACGCAGACGAUUGCGGUGGCUGCGGAGGCGAUCCCGGCUGCGAUUGUUAGCGCUGAGCCAGCGCACGCCGCUCAAGGUCAUUGGGGAGAGAAUAGGCUGGCCGAUGUCGUCAAGGGCACGGCGAGAUCGAAAGGGCGCGACUGUGCGCUUUCCAAUAGCGGCUCGAAUUCGCCGCGGGCGAUGUCACCGCUCCACACGCAGUCUCAGACGAUUGUGCAGCACUCGACUCGUCCGGGGCGUCGCUCGCAGUCUAGUCCGGACUGCAGUAAGGACGCCAAUAAUGCCAGCGAUAUUCAAUUGAGUACCGUUACGCUCACACCACCCAGCUCACCGGAAAAAUUAGUUCCUGCGUCCGCAAAAUGCACCAUGGCCGACAAGUCGACAAAGACGGACGACGUCCUGCUGAAUGGCGAACUGGACUGCCCGACGACGACGAACGCUGCCACCAUGACGACGGUGGUGCCGCCGACGGAGACGACGGCGCGCGCCGUCACCCACACGAUUGUCGCCGCUACCACCGCCUCCGUCGGCACACGCAGCACCUCGAACGUGUCGCCGCCGCUGCACAAGCAGGACUCGAGGUCCGACGUCCUUAAGCAGCCGCCCACGCCACCGCCGCCGGUAAGCACUCGCUUGUUUCCGUCGCUCUCGGGCGCGCAUAAUGAACACGUUUCGGCUCAGGACAGCGGCAAUCCGCCGCGCAUGAGCUAUGCACAAGUCGCGCAACAUCACAAGGAGAUGCAGAAGCAGCAGCAGGCCGCCAGAGAGAGCGCCGGCGAGCAGGCGCAGGCGCUCACCAAGUCGGCCGCGACCAACACCAGCUCGGCGGCGAGCGCAAACACCGCGCAGGCCACCGUCCGAGUGCAAACUGAUCAACGAAGUGGAGAGAGUCAGCAUAAAGAGUCUAGCAACAGCGCGUCGACCCGAGUCAAUCAGCAGCAGGGAGGCGGCGGCGGCGGCGGCGCUGGCCGCAACGGCUCUCGGGCUUCCUUCGACCGCGGCGCCAACCGCCGCAAGCAGGACAUGCGGGCGACCCAGCUGCGCGAGUUCGUCGCGCCCAGAUCGCCCAAGUAGCAGCGGGCCCCGUGCGCCGCCCGGCACGGCCCUGUGUUGAUUGUGCGGCAUGCAGUGUGUUGACCUUUGGCCAUAUUUAUAUAAAACUAGUGACAAUACUGCCCCGCGAGGCAUUUAGGUGUAUAAAUUAACGGAAGGCGGAAAGCGGCAUACGCGUGAAGUAAGUACGCUAAAAUCUAUAACGCUGCAAACAGAGAGCAAGAAAGAAAGAGAAAAAAACGAUGAAAAAAAAAAUCACAAAAAAAUCCACACACACAAAAAACUGAUAAGAAUAUUUCACUUAAUUUCGUGCGAGUCAUAUUGUUCCUAGCUCGAGAUAUAUACUGUUGAAUAUUAAAUAUGUUUAUUAGUGCUGUACAAUUGAGACGAUAGAGCUGAGAGAGGGACGGGCGGCGCCGUGGUGCGUCUGUGAUAAGCCUGCGUGCGCGCGCCCUGUUUUGCUGACGCAAUUGCAACACGAAAAAAAAAACUAAGUAGCAAGAUGAGAAACACGCGUUUGUCGUUGGUGGUGUGGUGGCUGUGCCGAAGUGUUUGUAAAGUUUUCGCUUGACUGCGCUGGGCGAGAGAGUAAAGUUUAAAUUAUUGGUUACUACCCGUUGACGGUGCUGCUCGGCGGCAAGCGAAAACUACAGCGGCCGGUGACACACCCACCCACUCAAUGCAGCCAGGCGGAAUUUGCGCAGCGCGAUGUUGUACAGACUAAUGUUGAAGUUAUUUUUGACAAAUAAUUACCAUAUAUGUAUAAGCUGUAUAGGGGAGCGUAGGUUUAGUGUAUUAAAUUGUUGGUUUUUCAUUAUUAUUAUGUUUAGUAGCUUGCGCAGUUGCUCGGGGCGUUUUGGAGAUGUUGAUUGGAACGCGCACCGGUUUUUGCUAGCCGCGCAGCCGCAGAGCAAGAAACAAUCAAUUCGAAACACAAUACUUAAAACAAUAUGAAAUCUGUUCACACUUCCUGCGCACGCGCGCGCAUGCGUUACACAUUCGAAUACACAUGAUUUCGUGGGCGUAUAUAUAGUUUAAGCGACUAUUUGUAAAUAGUGUUGUAACGAAAACAAAAAUGGAACUAAGCAAUAUUAUUUUCGAGUCAUUGCGAAGCCAACGAAAUGCGCACGCGCUUCUUCUUGUCUCUACCCUUUUGUUCAAUGGUUGUGCUUUGUUGUCUAGAAACAAAUGAAUGCAAACAACGGUGUUAAUCUUACUUAUAGGCUGUGUAUGUAUAUAACGAAAUCGCCCUCGCGCCCCACACACACACACACACACACAGACGGAGAUGAGUUCUCUUAAUUCUUAGGCGUUUUUUGUUUUGUUUGUUAAUAUUGACGGUGCGGGGGCGCUAGAAACGGGAAGGCCGCGGGCCCGCUGAGCAACUGGCUGCAAGUGUGCUUUUCACUUUCAGUUAAUCAGUAUAUAAGUUACGUUAAGACUGUUAGCUGAUGAUAAAAUAUUUGUUAUUUUUGGUCUCUCAUGUAUAAACAUAAAUCAAACGUAGUAGUGGCGGUGAAACGGGACGCGCGCGCAAGAUGACUACUCAUACAGAUUGCGAAAUGUUGUUUCGAGCGUCCGAGAUGCGAUAUCGAUAAACAUCCAGAGCACACAAUGUAUAUUUAUGACUAUAUAGUUAAUUUACGGAGAUCACACUUGGAUUUUCUUUCGCAAUUUGUUUUCUUCAAUUUGUUUGUGUGGCUAGUUUCUAUUUUGCAAACACUAUAUUAUUUAGACACGUAGACUACACACCACACACACACGUGCAUUGGUUUCACUUCGUUCUGUGCAAUGUGCGUUGAAUCAUUCAGUUUUUUUUCUGGCAGGGGUGUUGAUUGAAUAUGAUUAUGAUUAUCGUAACAUGUAAUAAGUUUUAUUGUGAUGCUCAAGACAAAAGUUUAAAACUGGCUGGUGCCGAGCGGGGCGCCGCUAACGUCCAUAAAUUUGAUUGCGAUGAAGAAGAAAAGCAUUUCUGGCGCGCUAGCCAGAGACACACGAACCAAGAUAGAUAUUUCGGUUUAUUAUUUAAAGAGGAAAUCAAUUACAUCUUAAUUAUUCUAGUCUUAAUAAUUAUUAUAUUGUAUAACUAAAAACUAACUAAGCUGAGUGUUGCGGGAUGCUGGCAAAGGAUAGAAAAGCGAGAACAUAUUUUAGGAGCACUUUUUAAAUUUAACGUACGUUUAAAGAAGCGAAAAAGAAAAAGAAAUUUUCGAAAGGAAAGAUAGCGAACACUAAACGAAUAAUCAAUAAGAAAUGUAAGCGCGAGAAUGUGCGAAAUUGUAAACGGAUUGCUAGCGAGGAGAACCAAUUGCCAAUUGAUGCGGAUUUAUUAUAUAAAGUGAAAAUGGCGGAUAAUUUGAGGUGAUGGGUAUCAGAUAUUGUGUCGACGAUUUACAUAUUUAGAAUUAGUUGAAUAUUUCGUUUACGUUUUUUUUUUUGUUUUUUUUUUUGUCAUCUUAGAUAAUUCAUUUAUAUAACUUGCGUUACUUUUGUAUUUAACGAUUAUUAGCUUUUAAUUUUUUUCUCUUUUAAUUUUGUUUUAAACACACACGCUCACGGAAAGAGAAGAGAUAUGAAAAGAGGCGCGAGAGAAAAAGAAACAAAAAACAAAACCAUUGCCACAUAUAUAUUUUACGCUAAUGUAUUAGAAUCAUAGCUUAACGUUUUUUUUGUUUUGUUUUUAUUGAACGCAAGCGACCGACAGACAGCAAACACUCGUCACCUUUGAAUUUGGAACGUUUUGAGAAACCAUAUUGUAAAACUUGAUUUGCGGUGCAUGCGGAUUGUGUAUGCAACUGUAAGCGAUAGAUGGCGAUGAUAGGCGCAGCAUGUUUAACGAAACACUGAGAAAACCACCCCUGCUCUAUUUAUAUAUGGAAUUUGAUAGCAUAUAUAAAUAACGAUUAUACAUAUAUUACAAAAAUAUAUUAAUUUUUUGAGUUGUAAGUUCGGAUGAUAAGAUAAGCUUUUCCCAAUGUUGCUAAUUAAAAUAUUGUUAUUGAAAACGA